AAAGCCAGCCACCCCCACGGCAACAUGUACCCCAGCAACAAGAAGAAAAAGGUGUGGAGAGAGGAGAAAGAACGUUUACUGAAGAUGACCUUAGAGGAGAGACGCAAAGAAUAUGUGAGGGACUAUGUUCCUCUGAACACCAUCCCACCGUGGAAGGAAGAGAUGAAGGGCAAGAGCCAAAAUGAUGAGGAGAAUACUCAGGAAGCAUCACAGGUGAAGAAAAGUUUGAGUGAAAAAGUUUCUCUUUAUAGAGGUGACAUCACAUUGCUAGAGAUAGACGCUAUAGUCAAUGCGGCAAAUGGCAGCCUGCUUGGAGGAGGAGGGGUGGAUGGCUGUAUUCACAGAGCAGCUGGUCCCUGUUUGCUAGCCGAAUGUCGUAACCUCAAUGGCUGUGAUACUGGACAUGCAAAAAUUACAUGUGGCUAUGACCUGCCUGCAAAAUAUGUCAUCCAUACUGUAGGACCAAUAGCUAGAGGACAUAUUAAUGGUUCCCACAAGGAAGACCUUGCAAAUUGCUAUAAAUCGUCUCUGAUACUGGUGAAAGAAAAUAACAUCCGAUCAGUUGCAUUUCCCUGCAUCUCAACAGGCAUUUAUGGCUUCCCAAACGAGCCGGCUGCAGUCAUUGCCCUCAGCACCAUCAAGGAAUGGCUGGCCAAGAAUCACCACGAGGUGGAUCGGAUCAUCUUCUGCGUCUUCUUAGAAGUCGACUUCAAAAUCUACAAAAAGAAAAUGAACGAGUUUUUCCCUGUAGAUGAUAACAAUGAAGAAGAAGAUGUGGACAUGAAAGAAGAUUCAGAUGAGAAUGCUCCAGAAGAGAAGCAAAGUGCAGAAGAAAUGGAAGGGCAGAACCAAGAUGCAGAUGGUGUCAACACUGCCACUGUGCCCAGCCCUGCUUCAGAAGAAGCACUUGAAGUCUGUAAAGAUGAAGAUUCUACAAAGGAUGACAAUGCAAAAGAAGAUGAAAUAACAGACCAUUCUGUGUGUGACCAAGGUCAUCCUAAUGGCCAAGAGAAUGAUUCAACAAAGAAUGAAAUAAAAAUUGAGACAGAGGCCCAGACUUCAUAUAUGGAAACAGAAGAGCUUUCAUCAGUCCCAGAGGAUGCCAGGAUUGUUGAGCCACCAGAAGUGGUCCCAGUAACAGAUGACCAAGAUGAAAAAGAAGGACAGAAGACUCCAGGAGGGGACACACACAGAAUGCCUGUGAAAAGUGAAGGCUCCAGUGACACAGAAAAUGCUACAGGUCCUGAUGUUGAAAUGAAUAGUCAGCUUGACAGUACAAAUGACCCAACAGAGAGUCAGCAAGAAGAUUAA